ACAAGCAGGGGAACUGAAGCUUCUUCCAAAUCACAUGUCCCCAGCAGUAGCUGAUUGCUGGCUGAUUGUUGCUUGAGGAGGACGGGGGAGAUUUUUUCUCUUGCAGAAACACCAGGGCACUGUAUGCUAAUAACUAACCUACUCUGCAUUCAAGUUUCCACUCAUUUAGAACACCCCCUCUGCCUCCCAAUCCAAAGAUUCCAAAGGAAAAGAUUCCAUUCCAUGUUUUCCAUGUGAUCUGGAGUAAUCAGAAAGAAGUGGAUAAUGGUUGCUAGAGCCUCUCUCAAUCCAUGCUGGGCCACAUAGAUUCAGCCAGACGUGUAUGUACCUAUAUCCGGGUUAGAGAGGAAAAGACACUGAAGCUGAGAAAAGUUUCUAUUUAAACCUUAUCAACAGCAAUAAAGCAAGCAAACUUCAGCAUGCCGUCACACAACAGGAACAUAUACACACCGCGACAAUCACUGGAGCUUUUUGUGUGUUUUUAUUGAUUUCUUUUCUUUCAACAUUCACCUGGAGUGAACAAGGGUUUGCAUUUACUUUUUUUGUUGAAAGACUCAUUGUUGCUUGCUUGUCUAUAUUUUGUUUUCUUCCCUUGGAAUUUGCUUCUUAUCUUGUGCUGUGAUUUUUCUUCAAGGAAAAAGCUUAUUAAAUAUUUUUUUUGAGAAUUCUGUUUGUUUUUUUUUUGUUGCCACUGGGAUUGACUGAGAUGUUGCAAUGAUCAUGGCCGCGCAAGUGGUUUCAGCUGCAGCUCCUACCACCAAGGCUAACAAUAAAGGAAAAAACCAAGGUCUCCCUGGACUCAAUCAGGACGUAAACCCUGGAGGUACUGCAGCAGGUUCUGGAUCUAUCCCUGGAUUAGCAGAUGGGGUUCCUAACAACAGCAUGAACAACAAUAGUGUGGAUCAUCUCCACCACCACAAUCUUCUGCACCACCAUCUUCACCACCACCACCAUCACCACCAUGAAGUGAGCAUGGUCAAUGCAACCUCAUUAUCAUCCUCAUCUUCUUCUUCUACAACUAAUAAUACCAACAAUAAUAAUAGCAGCAGCAGUUCUUCCGACCCAGGGCCGAAGGAAGGGAGGAACUCUGCAGUGUCCCCACAUUAUCAGGGUAUGGAGCUGGGGGGUGGUGGUGGGAUCCCUAACCACAAGCUUAAGGGUGGUGGGGACUAUCAUGCACCCAUUGCUCAACCACUUCAUCACCAUGCCCACCACCACCCCCAGCAGCACCCACCCCACCAUGCACCCCAGCAUCUGCAACAGCACCCUCCCCACCACCCCAGCCAUCCACCCCAGCCACUCCACCAGCUGCAGCCUCAGCAGCAACUAACGGGGGCAGCACAGCAGCCAGCCCCGAAUAGAAACAGCCCUGGAGGAGGCAGCAGCAGCGAGGCGUCAGACAUGGAGAAUCACCAGCAGCAGCAGCAGCAGCAACAACAUGGAGGGCUAGGGGAAGAGAGCUGUAAUAAUAAUAAUAAUAAGGCUGGUGCAGCAGGGAAGGACGUGGCUUUGGGCAAUCAGGGCGACCCCCAGCCUAGGAGGGCUGGCAAGGCUGGGGACGAGGACGAUGUGCAGGGCAAGAUGAUGGCUGGGGAGCCCAUGGGUGGCCGAUAUGAGCAUGCAAUGCAUGGAGCCGGGCAGCAGCACCCUGGGAAUAACAGCAGCAAUAACAAUAAUAUUGGGGGCAACGGGGGAACAUCUUCUUCAUCGUCCUCCUCUUCCUCGGUGUCUGACUUUAAUAGUUAUUAUGGCAGUGCAGCACCAGGCAGAGCAGGGCCUUGCUUUGAUCAACAUGGCAGACAACAAAGCCCUGGAAUGGGGAUGAUGCACUCCGGUUCUGCGGCCCCCAGCAGCAUGGACCCCAUGCAGAACUCACACGAUGGCUAUGGAGGGGGCCAGUAUGACCACUACCAGGGCUACAGCAGGGCCGCCGCUGCGGCAGGAGGGCCGGGGGGCUAUGGCAGCCAGUCCUCUGGAUAUGGGGUACUGAGCUCACCCAGGCAGAGCAGCACGAGUGCCCCAAGCAGCAGCAGCAUGAUGAUAGGGGCAGCAGGGUCCGGCAACCAUGGAAAACCGCCCAGUACUUCCAAUACAGGGGGCUUCCAGCGGUACCAGGGACAGAACCAGCACCCAUCAGGGGCAACUCCUACCCUCAACCAGCUGCUGACCUCCCCCAGCCCAAUGAUGAGGAGCUAUGGAGGGAGCUACCCCGAUUACAGCCCCACUGCACCCCAGCAGCAGUCAGCAAGCACCCAGGGCAACCAUCAGCCAGGAGGCAUGGGUAUGGGCAAAGAGAUGGGCUCUCAGUAUGGAGCUGCCACCACAGGCUGGGGAACACAACAAAGGACUCACCCAGCUAUGAGCCCUGGGAGCACUGGACAGAGCAUCAGUAGAUCCCAGGCUAAUCCAAUGGAUCCAAUAGUAAUGAAGAGGCCUCCGCUUUAUGGGAUGGGGAAUAACCCUUACUCCCAGACACCGCACAGCAGUCCUUAUCCUGGCCAGUCAUAUGGUCCUCCAGGCCCACAACGAUAUCCAGUUGGAAUGCAGGGGCGUACUCAAGGUGCAAUGCCAGGAGUGCAAUAUCAUCAGCAACAGAUGCCGCCUCAGUACGGUCAGCAAGGUGUAAGUGGCUACUGCCAACAAGGCCAACAGCCAUAUUACAACCAGCAGUCGCAGUCUCAGUACCCGCAGCCCCAGGCUCAGUACCUGUCGCAGGCUCAACAGCGGUAUCAAGCCCAGCAGGAUCUGUCUCAAGAAGGAUAUGGAAACAGAUCUCAGCCUCCUACUCUGACUACAGGGAAAUCCAACCAUGAAGAAAUUAACAUAAUACAACAAGAAAGACCAUCAAGCUUACCAGACUUAUCUGGCUCCAUUGAUGACUUGCCAACUGGGACAGAAGCAACCCUUAGCUCUGCUGUGAGUGCCUCGGGUUCUACAAGCAGCCAGGGGGAGCAGAGUAAUCCUGCUCAGUCACCCUUUUCACCUCAUGCCUCACCACAUCUCCCCAGCAUCCAAGGUGGGGGUCCAUCACCAUCCCCCGUGGGUUCCCCAGUUGGGAGCAACCAAUCACGAUCAGGUCCAAUAUCACCUGCAAGCAUCCCUGGAAGCCAGAUGCCUCCUCAACCUCCAGGCAUUCAGUCUGAAGCCAGCUCCCAUCCUGCCUUGAGCCAGUCACCAAUGCCACAAGAGCGAAGUUUGGAACGAGGUUACAUACCUAGUGUGCAGAGAAACCACCAAAUGUCCCAAUAUGGACCUCAACAGUCUGGGCCUUCCAUGUCUCCUCAUCCUUCCACUGCAGGACAAAUGCAUCCUGGAAUGACUAACUUUCCACAGGGCAGCACCAGUGCCAAUUACGGACCUCAAAUGAGCCAGUAUGGACCACAAGGCAAUUAUUCAAGACCACCAUCAUACACUGGAGUACCAAACACAAGCUAUAGUGGACCAGGCCCAGGCAUGAAUAUGAAUGCCAACAGCCAGAUGCACCCACAGGGACCCAGUAUGGGCAGGAUGCCCAAUAGCGGAAUGCAGAACAGGCCAUAUCCUGGAAACAUGGGCAGUGUGACACCCAACUCUCCUAACAUGGCACAGCAGGGGGGUCCUGGGAUGGGGCCACCAAUGCCAACUGUGAACCGUAAAGCUCAGGAGGCUGCUGCUGCUGUGAUGCAGGCUGCUGCUAACUCUGCUCAGAACAGGCCACCAUACAUUAGGUCGCCUGCUUAUCCCAGCCAGUCUGGGGGGGGACGUGCCAUGUUUUCCUCACAGCACCCCAACUAUGGCAACGCUCAGGUUCCAAUGAUGCAUCAGCCUGAUCAGUACGGGCAAAGCGGAUUUCCUGGUAUAAACCACAGUGGUCUUAUGGGUUCAAACUCCCCAUAUAACCAGUCCAUGAACAACAGUGCUGGGAUGAUGAACCCUCAAGCUUCCCCAUACAACAUGAUAACCAGCUCAACAGGGCACCUUGGUCUCCCAGACAUGAUGAAUCCGAGUGAGUCAAAACUCCCUGCAUCACUGAAACUUGACGGCAAAGAAGAUGGUCCACCUCCACCUGAACCCAAACCAAAGGAUAGCUACAGUUCCCAGUGUAUAUCACAGCCCCCAACCCCAGGCUUCCUGCCAGUCCCUUCCCCACUGUCCCCAAGCUCUGCUAGCAUCUCCUCCUUUCUGGGAGAUGACAGCGAUAACAUUAACAGCCCAGGCUGGCCAAAGACUCCAUCAAGCCCUAAAGCAAAUUCCUCAACAUCAACGGGAGAAAAGAUUACAAAGCUGUAUGAGAUGGGAAUUGAGCCAGAGCGUAAGAUGUGGGUGGAUCGGUACCUGACAUUUAUGGAGGAAAGAGGAACACCUGUUGCAACUCUGCCCGCUGUUGGGAAAAAGCCACUUGACCUCGUGAGGCUCUACUUCUGUGUCAAAGAAAUUGGAGGAUUAGCGCAGGUUAAUAAAAACAAGAAGUGGCGUGAGCUGGCGACCGGUCUGAAUGUUGGCACCUCUAGCAGCGCAGCCAGUUCCUUGAAAAAGCAGUACAUACAGUACCUGUUUGCCUUUGAAUGCAAGAUAGAAAGAGGGGAGGAGCCUCCCCCAGAGAUCUUCAAUCCUGGGGAAUCUAAGAAACAGCCUAAGAUUCAGCCGCCAUCUCCUGCUAACUCUGGAUCACUCCAAGGCCCACAUACCCCUCAGUCUACCGGAAGUAAUUCUAUGGCAGAGAUGCCAGGUGAUCUUAAGCCACCUACUCCUGCGUCAACACCACAUGGUCAGAUGCAACCCAUGACUGGGGGCAGGAACAGUGCAGUGAGUGUACAUGACCCAUUUUCUGAUGUUAGUGAGCCAGCUUUCCCAAAACGCAACUCUAUGACCCCUAAUGCACCCUACCAACAAGGUAUGAAUGUUCCCGACAUGAUGGGAAGGCUGCCUUAUGAGCCAAACAAAGAUCCCUUUGGUGCGAUGAGAAAAGUGCCUGGAAGCAAUGAGCCUUUUAUGCCCCCUGGCCAAAUGCCUAACAGUGGCAUGCAAGAUAUAUACAACCAAGGUCCCUCUGGAGUAAUGUCUACUAUGGGUAUGAGUCAGCGACAGCAGUUCUCCUAUGGACCUGGAGGGUAUGAUAGGAGGUCAGAGUAUGGAAUGGGUACUGAAAGCAGUAUGGGGCCACCAGGACAAAACAACAUGGUGCCUUCUAACAAUGACCCAAGCAUGUAUUCCCCGAACCGCUACCCAACACAACAAAGUAGGCAUGAAUCCUACAGCCAACAGUAUCAAGGACAAGGACCUCCAUCAGGACAACAAGCAUAUGGCGGACAUCAGCCAGGAGUGUAUUCUCAGCAACAAAACUACAAACGCCAUAUAGAUGGUAUGUAUGGUCCGCCAGCCAAGAGGCAUGAAGGAGAAAUGUACAAUAUGCAGUACAGCAAUCAGCAACAAGACAUGUAUAAUCAAUAUGGCAACACAUAUUCUGGACCUGACAGAAGGCCCAUCCAAGGACAGUAUCCAUACUCCUACAAUAGAGAGAGAAUUCAGGGACCUGGACAAAUGCAACACACAGGCAUGACUCCUCAGAUAAUGGGAGGACCUAUUCAGUCAUCCACUAGUGAUAACUCUCAGCAAAACAUGUGGACAUCACGUAGUGACAUACCUUAUCCAUAUCCAGGACGGCAAGGUCCCGGCAGCACAACACAGCCAGGAUCCUACCAAGCCAUGAGCCGCUCCGAUGAUAUUAUUGGACCUGACCAGAGGUUGAAUCAUGAGGGUCAAUGGACAUCUCACACUAACCAGCGUCAGCCCUCAUACCUCUCCCCUUCUGCAACCAUGCAAUCGAUUACUAGAGCACCCCCAUCAUCUUAUCAGACUCCACCAUCAAUGCCAAAUCAUAUUUCAAGGGCACCCAGUCCAGCCUCUUUCCAGCGCUCAUUAGAAAAUCGUAUGUCUCCAAGCAAAUCUCCAUUUAUGCCUUCCAUGAAAUCACAAAAAGUUAUGCCAACAGUUCCAGCAUCCCCUAAUACAGGGCCACCACCUGCUCAAGCCUCUCCUGUUAGGCGAGAAAUUACUUUUCCUCCAGGGUCUGUUGAAGCAACUCCACCAAUUUUAAAGGCAAGAAGGAAGAUUACAUCAAAGGAUAUUGCUACACCCGAAGCGUGGCGAGUAAUGAUGUCUCUGAAAUCUGGUCUCUUGGCUGAAAGUACAUGGGCUUUAGACACUAUUAAUAUCCUGCUUUAUGAUGAUAGCACGGUGGCUACCUUCAACAUUUCUCAACUGCCUGGAUUUCUUGAACUCUUGGUAGAGUAUUUUAGAAAAUGCCUCAUUGACAUCUUUGGGAUACUGAAGGAAUAUGAAGUUGGUGAAGUCAGAAAAGCACUUGAAGAAGAUAGCCAGUCUUCAUUGGCAGAGGAAGCUGAACUUGCAUUUGAUGAUGAUGAUGAUGAUGAUGAUGAUGAUUAUGAGGAAGACGAUGAAAUCAAACCUUGUCAGAAUGACUGCAGUGCUGAAGAAGGAAAGAAUAGCCUAAAUACUGGUGAAAAGAGCUCUAGCCUUGAUAUGAUUGAAGUGUGUACUGAUCCCAAUGAGAGGCCAAAACAAGCUAGUAAGUUUGAUAAGUUGCCAAUCAAGGUUGUGAAAAAAAAUAAUCUAUAUGUAAUUGACCGAUCUGGCAAGCUUGGAUGUGUUCAAGAAUUUACGAGUGGUCUUCUUCACUGGAAACUUGGUGGAGGUGAUACAACAGAACAUAUCCAAACUCACUUUGAAAGCAAAAUGGAUGUUUCAUUUCACAGGAGGACUCCCUCUACUAUUAAUGUUCCAAGCAGAAAGAAAAAAGACUUGGAGGAUAAAAUUCAUGAAGAGAAUGAAGAACAACCAGACAAAAGUAUAACUGCAACAAUUGAUGAUGUCCUCUCUGCUAGACCAGGAGCAUUGCCUGAAGACUCAAACAGCCCAUCCUUUCAGGAAGAGAGCAGUAAACUUUCAUUAGGAAUUCAUCAAGUUAAAAGUCAUAGGAAUAUAACAUUACUGGAAGAUGAACCCAGGAGCAGAGAUGAGACCCCAUUAUGUACAAUAGCCCCGUGGCAAGAUUCUUUGGCAAAGCGAUGUAUCUGUGUGUCAAAUAUUAUCCGUAGUUUGUCUUUUGUGCCCGGUAAUGAUACUGAGAUGUCAAAACACCCAGGAUUGGUUUUGAUUCUUGGGAAAUUGAUUCUUCUUCACCAUGAGCAUCCAGAGAGAAAACGAACACCACAGACCUAUGAAAAAGAGGAAGAUGUAGACAAGGGAGUGAGCUGCAGCAAGGAUGAAUGGUGGUGGGACUGUCUUGAGGCACUGAGGGAAAAUACUUUGGUGACAUUAGCCAAUAUCUCUGGACAAUUAGACUUGUCUGCCUAUACAGAAAGUAUUUGUUUGCCAAUUUUAGAUGGUUUGCUGCACUGGAUGGUAUGCCCAUCUGCAGAGGCACAGGAUACGUUCACAACAGUGGGACAAAAUUCUGUCCUUGCCCCUCAGAGACUUGUACUGGAAACAUUGUGUAAACUCAGUAUACAAGACAACAAUGUGGACUUAAUCUUGGCUACUCCACCAUUUAGUCGCCAAGAAAAACUAUAUGCCACUCUAGUUAGGUAUGUUGGAGACAGAAAAAAUCCUGUAUGUCGAGAAAUGUCUAUGGCACUGCUUUCGAACCUUGCUCAGGGGGACACUUUAGCAGCAAGGGCCAUAGCUGUACAGAAAGGAAGCAUUGGGAACUUAAUAAGCUUCUUGGAAGAUGGGGUUACUAUGACCCAGUACCAGCAGAGCCAGCAUAACCUCAUGCACAUGCAACCUCCCCAUUUGGAACCACCUAGUAUAGAUAUGAUGUGUAGGGCUGCUAAGGCUUUACUGGCCAUGGCCAGAGUGGAGGAAAACCGCUCUGAAUUUCUUUUACACGAAGGUCGUCUACUGGAUAUCUCCACAUCUGUUGUCCUGAACUCUAUUGUGUCCUCUGUCAUGUGUGAUGUACUCUUUCAAAUAGGGCAGUUAUGACAUCAGUGGGGAGCCAAAAUUUGUGAAGCAAGAGUAGGAAGUCAAAUUAUAACUGGCUAUUUUUCUGUUCCUUUUAUCACAUUAGAAAGAAGAGGAAAAUAAUUAAUUGUUAAAAGAGAACAAGUCUACUCAUAUCCAGUCACUAUUUACCAAUUGGAAAUUCUAAGAAACGGUCAUUGAGUAAUCAAAAUAAAUAUUUGCUGUUUGUGUA